AUGGAGCACACAAUUGGAGACUUUGGCAGAGACAUUUGGCAACCAUCCAAUCCAUUUGCCAACCUCUGUCAAAUAGCCCUCCAGUGCACACAAACUAACACUUGUGGGUGUGGGCCAGUGCUUUGCAUGGCAUGUAUGAGUCCUUCCUGUGGACUCUAA